AGGAACUGAGCGAUUCCGAAGGAGAAGACAAAUCUAGCGAAGACUUGGAGUCAGGAACUGCAACAGAACUGGCUCAAGCAGAACCAGAAGUACACGUGGAUGAAGUCGUCAAAACGCAUUGUCACAGUACACUGAGAAAACUUCGGAAACGAACGCGUCGGGCCGUGAUUGCAUUUAUCAACAGUCGCCAGUGUUUCGCUCUCAUCAUCAUUCUGGUCUUCCUCAACACGGUCGUACUUACCACAGAACAUCACAAUCAACCCAAAUGGCUGGAUGAAUUUCAAGAUUUUGCGAACAAAGUGUUUGUGGCUCUGUUCACCAUGGAGAUGUUAAUCAAAAUUGCUGCAUCCGGUCUGACGGACUACUUUUCCAAACUAUUCAAUCGCUUCGACUUCUUUGUCGUCAUCUUUUCUAUCAUGGAGCUGCUUCUGGUGAACUUUCGUGUUCUGGAUCCAAUGGGUGUAUCGGUGCUGCGGUGCGCACGACUGUUGCGUAUAUUCAAACUGACACAGUACUGGGAAAGUUUGCGGAGCCUGGUUGGAAAACUGCUCAAAUCAGUCCGCUCCGUCGCCAGUCUACUGCUUCUGCUGUUUAUUUUUAUAUUGAUCUGCUCCUUGUUGGGGAUGCAACUGUUCGGUGGUCGGUUCAAUUUCACCGAGGAGGAAAAACCACGUGCUAACUUCGAUGGAAUACUUCAAGCUAUGCUCACUGUAUUUCAGAUUCUCACUGGUGAAGACUGGAAUGAAGUGAUGUAUGCCGGCAUGAAAGCUUACGAGAACACUCACUGGUACGGAGUCGUGGUCAUCUAUUUUAUAUUCCUCUUUAUCGUGGGGAACUAUAUUUUGCUCAAUGUCUUCUUGGCUAUUGCCGUGGACAACCUGAAUGACGAUGAUGAUGAGGAUGAGGAGGGAAACGGCGCUGAUGCCAAAAAGGAACCUGAAAAGCCUGCCGACGAGGCCAAACAAGAAGAGGAGACCAACUCAAACGACAAGGGUCUUGCAGAUGGCGUCGUAGUUUUCACUGGUAAAGUGAUUCUUUUCCCAGUACAGCUAGACUUGGUUGUUCAUUGGCUUUCUUUCUAUUUCAGUGCGAAGGCUGAAGAACCAUCAGCCGACGAUGCAAACAAAACGUAUGAAGAAAUGUUCCCCGAGACAGACAUCUACGGUGACGAGGGAGAGGGUGCAGACGACAAUGGAGAAAAUCAAGAUGACCAAAAGAACUUUUCCGCUCAGGACAGUCGGACAAUGCCUCCGCACUCGGCCUUUUUCAUAUUCUCAGAUACGAAUAAAUUCCGAAUUUUCUGUCACAAUGUGGUUUGUCUCUCCCAUUUCGGAAACAUCGUCCUUGUGUGCAUCCUGGUCAGUAGCAUUCUUCUAGCAGCCGAAGAUCCUCUCAAUUCGCAGUCUUAUCGAAAUAAGAUUCUGAAUAUGUUCGAUUACUUUUUUACCAGUGUGUUCACAGUUGAAAUCACACUCAAGAUGAUUUCUUAUGGAUUCAUUCUUCACGAAGGUGCAUUUUGCCGCAGUGCUUUCAACUUGCUCGAUCUGAUCGUGGUCUGUGUUGCCCUGGUCUCCUUUGUGUUACAAAGCCAAACCAUCUCUGCUGUGAAAAUUCUCCGUGUGCUUCGCGUUCUUCGACCGUUGAGAGCAAUCAACCGUGCAAAGGGCCUGAAGCAUGUCGUCCAGUGUAUGAUCAUUGCAAUCAAGAGCAUCGGUAACAUUGUGCUCGUGACGUUCCUGCUGGAAUUCAUGUUCGGUGUGAUUGGCGUGCAACUGUUCAAAGGAAAGUUCUGGAGUUGCACAGACAUAUCAAAGCGUACAGCCAGUGAAUGCAAGGGGCAAUUUAUUGAUUACGAAGAUAUGAACCUGAGCAAGCCAAUCCUGAUGGAGCGCCAAUGGAACAACAGCGAUUUCCACUUCGACAACGUUCCAAAUGCUCUCCUCACUCUGUUUACCGUGGCUACAUUUGAGGGCUGGCCAAAGCUACUCUUCACCUCAAUUGAUUCAAACGAGGAGGAUUAUGGUCCGAUUACAAACUACCGUCCAGUUGUCGCACUCUUCUACAUUACCUACAUCGUCUUGAUCCCGUUCUUUAUGAUCAAUAUAUUCGUCGGUUUUGUCAUUGUCACUUUCCAACGCGAGGGCGAAUCGGAAUACAAGAAUUGUGAGCUGAACAAAAAUCAGCGAAAAUGCAUUGAAUAUGCCUUGAAAGCGAGACCCCGACGCCGCUACAUUCCCAAAGGUCACUUGCAAUACAAGAUCUGGUCAGUUGUUGUAUCGAAGAAAUUUGAAAUUUUCAUCUUCGUCUGUAUCUUCAUCAAUACGGUGGCACUCACGCUUAAGUACGAUGGACAACGCAAGGAAUGGGGAAAGUUGUUGGAUUCGCUCAACUACUUUUUCACAGCCAUUUUCACGGUCGAAUUUGUACUUCGGCUAUCUGCCUUCAGCUUCCGACAUUAUUUCAGCGAUGUGUGGAAUGUGGUCGACUUCAUUUUGGUUCUUGGAAGCUACUUGGAUAUUAUUCUGACUCAGUCGGAUGUAAAGGUAACCAAGUUCAGCGUUAAUUUCGUCCGACUGUUCCGUGUGAUGCGUUUGGUCAAACUACUGAGCAAAGAAGAAUCUAUUCGGCAGCUGUUGUGGACUUUCAUUAAAUCAAUACAGGCUUUACCGUAUGUAGCUCUCUUGAUUGCGAUGAUCUUCUUCAUCUACGCUGUCAUCGGAAUGCAACUGUUUGGGCAAAUCUCUAUCAAGGAAGAACCGGGUGAGGAGGAGCCCAUACUUCAUAGAAGUAAUAAUUUUCAGGAUUUCUUCCACGCGUUGUUGGUUUUGUUCCGAUGUCGUGUACUUCUAGGUUUUGAAGUGAAGAAGCUUCUUGAUGAUGAUCCGGUUAGAUCGGAACGACAGAAUGGAAGUGAGACUUUGACCAGUGGUCGUAAACACGAUCAAUGUGACAAAUCGUGUUCCACUGGAGAGGCCUGGCAAGACAUCAUGCUAGCAUGCACAGCAGGUCGAGCGUGUGCCGAAGGUUCCGAUGAAAAAGGCACCAAAAGCUGCGGUUCCAACUUGGCCUAUCUUUACUUCAUCAGUUUCCAUGCGAUCAGUGCAUUUUUGGUGAUCAAUCUGUUCGUGGCUGUUAUCAUGGACAAUUUCGAUUACUUAACUCGAGAUUGGUCUAUUCUGGGACCCCACCAUCUGGAUGAGUUUGUCACAAAGUGGGCCGACUAUGAUCCGGAAGCCAAGGGCCGAGUUCGACACUUGGAUGUCGUAACGAUGUUGGGAAAAAUAAGUCCUCCUCUCGGAUUCGGAAGCAUGUGCCCACACACGAGAGCUUGUCAUAAAUUGGUCCGGAUGAAUAUGCCAUUGAACAGUGAUGGUACCGUAUUUUUCAACGCCACUUUAUUCGCAUUGGUUCGGAGAAAUCUAAAGAUCAAAAUCCCUGGUGAGGACAAAGAAAAAGACAAAUCGUUGGAUCAGUUGAAUGAAGAACUGCGUCUGGUAAUCAAACGGAUAUGGAAACGAACGAGCCCCAAGUUACUCGACCAGAUUAUCCCACCAAAAGGUAGUGACGUCGUGACGGUCGGCAAAUUCUACGCAACCUUCCUCAUACAAAACUGGUUCCGGGAAUGGCAGAAAAAGAAAAUGAUACAAAAAGACACUCGUUAUAUUCCACAAAUAAUGGCCGGCGAUCGCGCUAUGCCUCACCAACCCACUAUUGUAGGAUUCCCGAGACGUUGUUCCUCAGACUUGACAGGUGACGAGAUUCAGCGUCGUCGGGGUGCGGACAAGCGCGAUACUGCCGGUGGUAUAUUUGGUCGCACCUUGACCGAGUGGACUCGCCGUCGCUCGAGCAAACGUGACCCGGACAAGCAAGAUCUUCUGAUUGGUGGGGGCUACCGUGUUCCUCUCAUGAAUGGUCAAGGCUUGGAAAUCAAUCAUGUGAAUGGAGGUGGUGGUCGGAUGAACAACUUUGGUUUUCCUGCUCAACCUGGCCAGACAGCUCAUCCUGCGGUCAUGGCAUUGUUGGAGAAAGAGAAGGAGGCUGAGGCUGCACGCAGUAAAAAUCAAUUGUCAGUACCACAGCCGAGCCCACAGCCGGACACAGGAUCUCAAUCCAGUAUUCUACGUGAAACCGCCAGUAAUGUCCUUGGAUUCCUUCGCAAAGGGAGCUUCCGUUCAGGUGGUGGACAAUUUGAACAUCGGAGAAUAAGCCCGCCCAAUACCGAGGAGGAUUUGGACAUGGCGCGCCGCAUGUUUGCCGCGGCGCGUAGAGAGUCAGCAAGACCAAACAGUAGUCAGUUCGGCUAUAUGUGAUCUGGAUCUCCAGUCAUCCAACCUGGCAGAAUCAAUAAAAGCAGCUGACUACUAGAGCCAAACUACAUCGCUCCGAUUGCCGCUUCCAAAUCGCCCAAAAGGUGAACUGGGUUCACCCAAAAAUUCCACGAUUUUUGCCACUUACUCAUACACAACCCAAAGAAAAUCUCUUGCCCCAUUACUUUUUCUGCCGUGUCCACACUUAUACGCAUUUAUCCACGAAUCCCAUCCCACUCUGCCUCCAGACAAACUGUCUUUCAUCCCCGUGGACUUGUACACUAGGCCUUCAUUAUUCGCUCCCUGUGCUCUGCAGUUCUUCCCGCGAGCUCUCCAGUAAGCUCAGCUUCAGUAAACGCCGUCCAAAUACCGCAGUUUUGCACCAGUUGUGUUAAAUCUACUCACAGUGAAAACAUUGAAAAAACCCCGCUGCUCACUCCGAAAACGCUCUUUGUAGUCAACUUCACAACAAUAUUACCAGGCUAAUAAACUAGGAUAUACAUGAGUACUUUCGGGUCUCCGAAAACACCACCAGCUGUUUGAACGACUUUGUUUUAAUGUGAUGCACACAGGCCGAAGACAAGUGGGCAGUUCAGACACUGCAGCUGUAUUUGUGUUUAUAUAUGUACCAAAAUGCGCCAUUGUACGAGAAUCUCCUACUCUUUCGAUCUCUUUCCCACACCCCUCCCCGGAUAUCUCCGCGCAUAAGCACCGUAGAGCUCAUUUGAACUUUGUCAGUCAUCCCUACUACCCUGUACUCGGCUGACACUACGCACUAUUUUCUCAUUUUGCUCUUCCACUGUGAAUUUUCUUUCGUUCCUCAUUCCCAGUCCUAGUUUGCAUCAGAAAGCGC